CCCAGGUGAAACCACCUUUACUCGCCGGCCGCGUCGUCGGUUCUCGGCUCCCUCCCGAGCAGAACUCGCGCGCGCUCCGGCCUCCGCAAGGCCUUGGCGCAACCCAACCCAACGAAGCAGUUGUAGGGCUCGUGCCAAAUCAUCUCACAUAAGCAGCGAAAGUAACCUCGCCCAUUAUUGACCAGCAAGCACACAUCCAGCUUAUAAAAAGGCCACACAGAGGCCUUGGCUCUAACUCCGAUAUAACUAGCAGUAGCUCCGAGCAUCUUGCACCACCUUGCAGCCCAUGGCCACCGCCGCUCCCGUAUCCGUUCCCCGCAUCAAGCUGGGCUCCCAGGGGCUGGAGGUCUCGGCGCAGGGCCUCGGCUGCAUGAGCAUGUCCGCCUUCUACGGCCCGCCCAAGCCCGAGCCCGACAUGAUCAAGCUCAUCCACCACGCCGUUGCCACUGGAGUCACCUUGCUCGACACCUCCGACAUGUACGGCCCGCACACCAACGAGAUCCUCCUCAGCAAGGCAUUGCAGGGCGGGGUGCGGGAGAAGGUGGAGCUGGCCACUAAGUUCGGCAUCGAUUAUUUCCCCGGCGGCUUAGCCGCCGGAAAUGUCGACAUCCGCGGGGACCCGGCGUACGUGCGCGCGGCGUGCGAGGGCAGCCUCAAGCGGCUCGGCGUAGACUGCAUCGACCUCUACUACCAGCACCGCAUCGACAAGAGGGUGCCCAUCGAGGUCACGGUGAGUUGACCUUCUCCAUUUGUUUCU